UGGUGUUAGAGACCCACAGCACCCUGUCCCCAGGUGGCUCCGGGCCAGGAGCUGUCACCUGACCCAGCCCGGCCCGCCUGGCUGGCGUCCGGUUCCGGGCGCAGGUCCCCAGGAGCUGGCUCCCGCUGUUCGUGGAAGGACCGCGCUCACUGCCUUCUCUCCUUUGCCGAGUGGGCAAAGCUGCUGCAGCCCAAGGAAGGAGCUGAGAGGAGGCUCCCAGAGGUUCAGGGACUGGGAGCAUCGGGUGACACAAGCCCCUGCUGGAGGCUCACUUCCGGCUGCCCGCCCAGGUGCUGCUGCUGGGCCCGCUCGGAGGUCCAGCCUCCGCCUAGGUGGCCACAUGACCAGAGGACCUUGCCCUGAGAGCCUGGCAGAAGGAAGUGGCUUGUCUUAAGGGCCGGGGGGCGGGGGCUGGCCUGCUUCUGCCCCAUCUCUGCUGGAGCCUGGCCUUCACCCACCCAGCUGCCCUGGCCACUGCUCAGCCGGCUGCCUGGUGAGGGAAGCCGACCUUUCCCCAGGGCAGAGGGAGGCAGGUAGGGGCCCCGCAGGCCCGGUGGGGAUGGCCCGUCAAGCUCCCGGGAAGUGACCAGGCCUGGGAACACGGCUUCAAGGGAGUCUGGCUUGUUGAAUCCCCAGGGCUCUGAAGUCCAUUCCCGGAAGCCAGCUGGCUUUCCAGGCCAUGGCGCAGGCGAGUGGGCCCCCCCAGGCCGGGGUGGGGCAGCCCUACGUGUUCAAGCUGGUCCUCCUGGGAAGUGGCUCUGUGGGCAAGUCCAGCCUGGCUCUCCGUUACGUGAAGAACGACUUCAAGAGCAUCCUGCCCACCGUGGGAUGUGCGUUCUUCACGAAGGUGGUGGAAUUGGGUGCUGCGUCUCUGAAGUUUGAGAUCUGGGACACGGCUGGCCAGGAAAAGUACCACAGUGUCUGCCACCUCUACUUCAGGGGCGCCAAUGCAGCGCUGCUGGUGUACGACAUCACCAGCAAGGAUUCCUUCUGCAAGGCUCAGCAGUGGCUGAAGGACCUGGAGCAGGAGUUCCUCCCUGGAGAAGUUGUGGUGAUGCUGGUCGGCAACAAGACGGACCUCAGUGAGGAGCGGGAGGUGACCUUUGAGGAAGGCAAGGAGUUUGCGGAGAGCCAGAGCUUGCUGUUCAUGGAGACCUCGGCCAGACUCAACCACCAGGUGACCGAGGUCUUCAGUGCUGUCGCUCGAGAGCUGCUGCAGAGGGCCGAGAGGAAGGAGGACCAGACUCGGCGGGGAGAUGCCCGGUUGACGCUAAACCAGGGGCCGAUGGGGCGGGCCAAGUGCUGUGCCCGCUAGGGGCAGCCACAGCCACUUCAGGGUGAGCCACCGCCAGUGCCACGUGGACGGUGGUGCUUGAUUCUGCUUCUCCAUUAACACUGUCUAGUUCCCGGGGGUGCCCGGCAGCUGGCAUCUCUCAGAGGAACCACUCCCCAAAGCCCGUGGGAGUCAUUCAGGAGAGGACGGUGUCCAUGGCCUCACCUCCUACACCCAAACCCAGACCGAGUCCCAGCUGCCCAGGCCGGGGCACCCGCCCAGCCGGGCUGCUCAUCCCCCCUGCUGCUCCCGACUUUGAGGAAUGAAACGGGCCAGAGGGAACAGGGACCUGGUGCUGGGCAAGGCCCACCUGCUUGUGGGAGUGGGGAGAGGACGGAGAGGGCGCAGGGGGAAGUGGCAGGGCCAGGGGAGAUGGAGUGAUGAUUUUCUAAAAAAAAUUAAACUGCUUUUUAUA